GACAUUAAAAUUAGAUUAGUGGAAGUUAGUUGAUUUACCUGUGCUCACACAGAAGUCUCAAACGGGGACUUCCUGUUACACAUUGAUGCAUUUUUAAAAAAUGAAUUUAUGAAUAAACGUGAGCAUUUAAAACAUUUUAAACCUCAAUGCCAUGAUCGGCAUACAAUGGUGCACUUAAAAUGUGACUUGGUGAAUGUCCCAAAUAUGUGCAAAAUAGAUCACCUGUUAACUUGCUAGGAUAUUAGCUAGUCCGCUAAGCUAUGAGAUAACACUGGUUGUUAUGAAUUAGAGCAAUACAAAGCAGAGGAGGAGAGAGGUGAUGUAUUGCUUGAAAGAUAGAGCGAAACUGCUUAAUCUCCCUGUAAGUUUCUGAAUGUCAGUGUACUUUGAUGCCCUGCUGACACGAAUAAGGCAGAAAAUGAAGAGGGGGCUGUUUGUGGCCUCAGCGGUCGUCCUGGCAGCUCUGAUAUCAACCGUCGAUGCGCAAGUGGAACCUCCUUCAAACUUGAAAUUUAAAAUAAUAAAUGAGAAUACAGUGGAAAUGUCAUGGGUGAGACCCCCGUCACCGAUCGAGGGCUUCAGAAUACAAGUUGUGUCCGACGCAGAUGAACCUUCCAGAGAUUUCACCCUUGACCCAUAUUCAACAAUGACCUCAAUCACUGACUUGACCCCUGACCUGGACUACUCAGUGUCCAUAAACUCUUAUUAUGGGUCAGAGGAGAGCAUUCCCAUCUUUGGACAGUUGACUAUCCAGUCCAGCAACAGCAGCGCGCGGGUCAGCCGGCCACACUCGGAAUCCAUCAAGUGCUCGGUUAGCGCAAUAGCAGACUUGGUCUUCCUGGUGGACGGGUCCUGGAGUGUGGGCAGAGAGAACUUCAAGCACAUUCGUAGCUUCAUCGCUGCGCUUGCUGGAGCCUUUGACAUUGGCGCUGAUAAAACCAGAGUGGCUGUAGUUCAGUACAGCACUGACACCCGCACAGAGUUCAAUCUGACCCGUUACACUAAAAGAGGAGACCUGCUCCAGGCCAUCAACUCACUGCCGUACAAGGGUGGAAACACCAUGACAGGCGAUGCCAUCGAUUAUUUGUCGAGAAACAUCUUCACGGAAGCAGCUGGAUCCAGGCAAGCUUUUCCUAAGGUGGCCAUGAUCAUCACUGACGGGAAAUCGCAGGACUCAGUGGAAGAAUAUGCGAAAAGACUUAGGAACACCGGAGUGGAAAUAUUUGUCCUAGGUAUCAAAGGAGCAGAUGAGGACGAGCUGAGGGAAAUGGCCUCCCGGCCACACAACAAGCAUGUGUACAAUGUCCCCAACUUUGAUUUGAUCCAAGAGGUCCAAAGAAAGAUCAUCAUGGAGGUGUGCUCUGGUGUCGACGAGCAGCUCACGUCUCUGGUGUCCGGGGAAGAAAUGGUGGAGCCGCCUUCUAACUUGCAGGUCACAGAAAUUGCAUCAAAGUCAAUGAGGGUGACAUGGGAUCUCUCCCAAGGGGAUGUGACCGGUUAUAAACUUGUCCUUGUUCCCAUGAUUCCCGAUGUGAAGCGGCAAGAGUUGUACAUGGGAGCCACUCAGGCCUCCAUGAACGUGCGAGACCUUUCCCCGGAGACUGAGUAUGAGAUUAGCUUGUAUGCUCUAAAAGGUCUGACUCCCAGUGAGCCCGUCAUGGCUAUGGAAAAGACCCAGCCUGUGAAGGUGUCAACAGAGUGCUCUUUGGGGGUGGAUGUCCAGGCGGAUGUUGUCCUGCUGGUGGACGGCUCAUACAGUAUUGGAUUACAAAACUUUGCCAAAGUCCGUGCCUUUUUGGAAGUUCUGGUCAACUCAUUUGACGUUGGACCAGGGAAAGUCCAGCUCAGCUUGGUUCAGUACAGCCGAGACCCACACACUGAGUUUGCCCUCAACACCCACCACGACAUCAAUGCUGUUGUGAAAGCUAUCCGGACAUUCCCUUACCGUGGUGGCUCCACCAACACCGGCAAGGCCAUGACUUACGUCAGAGAGAAGAUCUUCACCACUGCUCGUGGUGCUAGAACAAACGUCCCCAGAGUCAUGGUCCUGAUCACUGAUGGAAAAUCCUCAGACUCCUUUAAAGAUGCUGCCACCAAACUGAGGAAUACUGAGGUGGAGAUCUUUGCAGUGGGUGUGAAGGACGCUGUGAGGUCCGAGCUGGAAGCCAUUGCCAAUGAGCCGUCAGACACUCACGUGUACGAGGUGGAGGACUUUGAUGCUUUCCAGAGAAUCUCCAAGGAGCUCACACAGUCCAUCUGUCUGAGGAUUGAGCAGGAACUGCUGAACAUCAUCAAAAAGAGUCUGUUGCCUCCAACGGACCUUCAGUUUUCUGAAAUAACAUCCAGAAGCUUCCGCACCACCUGGACGCCGCCCGCUGCCGCUGUCUUGUCCUACCUUGUGCGCUUCCGCAAAGCUGAAGACAUCACCGGCAGCUACAUCACCAUGGCUGUACCUGGUGACACCAACACUGUCAUUCUGCCAUACCUCACCCCACUCACGACCUACGAGGUCAACGUCUUUUCUCAAUAUGAUAAAGGAGACAGCUUUGCCUUGAGUGGCGAAGAGACCACUCUUGAAGAGCAAGGGCCUGUACGGAACCUAAGAGUCACAGAGGAGACCACCAACAGUUUUAGGGUGUCUUGGCAGCCAGCUCCAGGUUCAGUUAUCAGAUACCACCUCAUAUACGUUCCACUGUCUGGUGCUGGGGAAGAACUGCGGGCUGAAACAAUCGGGCCUGAGACCACCAUCGUUCUUCAGGAGCUUUUCCCCAUAACCACCUACCGCGUGACUGUGUCUGCUGAGUAUGCCACAGGCUCAGGAGAUGCAAUGCAAGUUGAAGGAACGACUAAGGAAGUGCGAGGCGCUCCUAGAGACCUGCGGGUAUACGACGAGACCAUAACAACAAUGAAGCUGGCCUGGCAGGCAGCUCCAGGAAACGUCGUCCAGUACCGUAUUGAUUAUAAACCUGCUCUGGGAGGUGACAGGAAAGAGAUUUCUGUCAGGGGAGAUACAACACAGGCGACGCUAAAGAAACUUGAACCAGCCACAGAGUAUGAGCUGUUCGUCACUCCAAGCUAUGCGUCUGGCAUGGGCGAUCCGCUACUGGGCACCGGAACCACCUUGGAAGAGCUCGGUUCUCCUAAAGACUUGGUGACAAAGGACCCCACUGACACCACUUUCGUCGUCUUGUGGACCGCUGCACCGGGUAACGUGCGGCAGUACCGGGUCAAGUGGAAGUCUCUGUUCACGGAAGAGACAGGGGAGAAGAUGGUGCGAGGGGACAUGACGUCCACCAUCCUGGAGGGUCUCACCCCUGAGACACGUUACGAGGUCUCUGUGUUUGCUGGUUACGGCCACGGAGAGGGUCAACCACUGGUCGGGGAGGAAACCACUGAUAUCUCAGCUGCUGGCAGGGCCAUUGUUGUGUCUGAGGAGACGGAGAAGACCAUGAAAGUGUCAUGGAAGGCGGCACCUGGAAACGUAGUCAACUAUAGGGUGACAUACAAGCCAAAAGCUGGGGGCCGGCAACUUGCUACCAAGGUUCCAGGUGGUACCACCACCACCGUCCUGAAGCGACUGACUCCUCUUACCACCUAUGAGAUUGUGGUUGUUCCUGUGUAUCGUGGCGGAGAGGGCAAAUCAAGAGAGGGAGAAGGCACCACAUUGACCCCAUACAAAGGUCCAAGGAACCUCCAGACAUCAGAGCCCAGCAAGACUAGUUUCCGUGUGACUUGGGACCACGCACCUGGUAAUGUGACGGGGUAUAAAGUGAUCUUCCACCCUAUUGAGGAUGAGAUUGAUCUUGGAGAGCUGCUGGUGGGUCCCUACGACAACACAGUGGUGUUGGAGGAGUUGAGAGCUGGUACCAAGUACACAGUGAAUGUGUUUGGGGUGUUCGAUGGGGGCGAGAGUAUGCCUUUGGCUGGAGAAGAGAAAACUACACUCUCUGAUGCUCCCGAUCCUCCUUUUUAUUCACCGACAGGUGUGAUGUGUAAGACCAAGGCACAAGCUGACAUUGUGCUGCUGGUGGACGGAUCCUGGAGCAUUGGCCGUCUCAACUUCAAGACCAUUCGCGCCUUCAUCGCACGCAUGGUCGGUGUUUUUGACAUUGGCCCUGAAAGAGUCCAAAUUGGUCUUGCUCAGUACAGUGGAGACCCGAAAACAGAAUGGCAUUUGGACGCUCAUAGAAACAGAGACACUCUCUUGGACGCCAUCGCCAACCUGCCGUACAAGGGCGGAAACACCCUGACUGGGAUGGCUCUGAAAUACAUCCUCCAGAACAAUUUCAAAGAGAACGUCGGCAUGCGACCCAAAGCUCGCAAAAUCGGUGUCUUGAUCACUGAUGGCAAAUCUCAGGAUGAUGUCAUUGUUAACUCUCAGAACCUGCGCGAUGAAGGCGUGGAGCUUUACGCUAUUGGUGUCAAGAACGCAGACGAGAAUGAGCUGAGGUCCAUCGCUUCUGAUCCGGAUAAGAUCCACAUGUACAACGUGGCUGACUUCUCCUUCCUGCUGGACAUUGUGGACAAUCUGACCAACAACCUCUGUAACAGCGUGAAAGGACCAGGAGGCCCUCCUGAGGCUCCCACCAACCUGGUGACAUCUGAGGUCACUCACCAGUCCUUCAGGGUGACGUGGACGGCCCCUGAAGAACCCGUGGAGAGAUACCGCGUCGAGUACGCCACUGUGUCUGGACGCCCUCAGCAGGUGUAUGUGGACGGCACUCAGACCACAGUGGUUCUCCAGCAGCUCAGUCCUCUGACCCCAUACGUGGUCAGCGUCUACUCCGUGGUGGAAGAUGAGAGCAGCGAACCGCUCGAAGGAACCGAGACCACAUUGCCUCUAAAUGUUGUGAGGAGGAUGGACAUUUUCGACGAGAAGACCACCACCAUGCGUGUGAGAUGGGAGGAGGCGGAGGGUGCGACAGGCUACAUGCUGCUCUACAGCAGCAUCAACGCUUCUCAGCCCAUCAUUGAUGAGGAGAUCCGCGUGGGACGAGGUAGAACUGAUGUGCAGCUGGUGAAACUCAUUCCAAACACGGCCUACUCUGUGUCGAUCUACGCUCUUCACGGAGAGACGGCGAGUGAACCUCUCACUCAGCAGGGAGUCACAUUGCCUCUGCCACCUGCUGGCGUGCUCAGGGUUCGUGACGUCACCCACAGCACCAUCCGCCUGCUCUGGGACGCCGCCCCUGGUCCUGUUCGCAAGUACAUAAUCACCUACAAGGCUGAGGAUGCUGACCCGAAAGAGCUUGAAGUCGGUGGCAGCGUGACCACCAGACAACUGGACAACCUGAUGUCCCAGACUGAGUAUGCCCUGUCUGUGACCCCGGUCUACGAUGAGGGUCCUGGUCAGCCAAUGUUGGGCGAGGCCAUCACAGAUGUGGUGCCAGCGCCGAAGAACCUCCGAUUUUCUGAAGUCACCCAAACCAGCUUCAGAGCCACUUGGGAACACGGAGCUCCUGAUGUGGCUCUUUACAGAAUUGGCUGGACCAAAAAGGGCGAGUCGAACUUCGAAUACGCCAUUUUAAACAAUGAUGAGACCACCCACGUCCUGGAGAACCUUGAGCCGGACACACCCUACGACGUGUCGGUCACUGCCAUCUACCCAGAUGAGUCGGAGAGCGAGGAUCUCUUGGGCACAGAGAGGACAUUGUCCAGACAAACUGGUCCAGUGCAGAACGGUCCUCCCACCAACCUAGUUGUGUUCAAUGAGACAACCACAAGUUUGAACGCCAGGUGGGAACCGGCACCGGGUCGUGUUCAGACUUACAAGAUCACCUACGUUCCCACAUCUGGAGGCAGAACUCAGACUGCUCAGAUUGGAGGAAAGAAGACGACCCUCCUGAUGCCCAAGCUGACCCCCGACACCGAAUACUCCAUCACUGUUGUCGCAGUCUAUGCUAGAGGAGUCAGCCGGGAGCUGAGGGGACUCGGCAAGACCAAGCCUUUGGGUGGCGUCCGAAACUUGCGGGUCACUGACCCUACCACCAGCACCCUGAAUGUCCGGUGGGAGGCCGCUGAAGGCAAUGUGAGACAGUACCGGGUCUUCUAUGUGCCCGCUGCUGGAGGAGAAGAAGAAAUGGCUCAAGUGUCAGGCAGCACCUACAACACUGUACUGAAGAACCUUCAGUCCGACACCGUCUAUACCGUCACCGUGGUUCCUGUGUACGCUGCUGGAGAGGGACAGCGGAUGUCUGAGAACGGAAAAACAUUGGAACGCAGCCCAGUGAGGAACAUCCAGGUCUUCAACCCCUCAACCAACACUCUGAACGUUCGCUGGGAGCCUGCCACUGGUCCGGUUCAGCAGUACCGGGUGGUCUACGCUCCGUUGACUGGAGCCAGACCCUCGGAGUCGGUUCUGGUACCAGGGACCACCACCACAGCGCUGUUGCAGCAGCUGCUGCCCGACACACAGUACAACGUGGGUGUUGUUGCGUUGUACAGUGACGGAGAAGGUCCCACCAUCAGUGACGCUGGCAAGACAUUACCCAGAAGUGGCCCAAGAAACAUGCGCGUGUACGACCCCACCACCACCACUCUGUCUGUGAGCUGGGAACCUGCCGAAGGUCCGGUCGUCCAGUACCGCAUCACGUACGCUCAGACCACUGGAGACCCCAUUGAGGAAUAUACGACCGUGCCAGGAAACAGAAACAACGUGGUCCUACAGAAUCUGGAUCCAGACACGCCGUAUUCAAUCAAAGUGACUGCCAUCUAUGGCGACGGACCUGGAGGAGAGCUGGAAGGAGAUGGACGUACAGUGGGAAUGCUUGGACCCAGGAAUCUCCGUGUCACUGAUGAGUGGUACACCCGCUUCAGAGUGUCCUGGGACCCUGCGCCGUCCAGGGUGAACGGAUACAAGCUCAUCUACCAGCCCGAGGGUUCAGAUGACUCUCAGGAAGUGUUUGUGGGCGAUGUGACGACCCACCAGCUUCAUAACCUGAAACCAGGAACCACUUAUGACCUGAAGGUCAUCGCCCAGUACAGCUCCGGAGACAGCGCCCCUCUGGUGGGCCAGGGCACCACCUUGUACCUGAACGUGACCGACUUGACCACAUACAACGUUGACUACAACACCUUCUGCCUCCGAUGGGCUCCACACAGGGCAGCCACUUCCUACAGACUGAAAGUCCAUCCAAUCGAUGCUUCCAGGGGUGGCGCUCAGGAGAUCACCGUCAGGGGCUCGGAAAGUACUCACUGCUUUAACAACUUGACUCCUGACACUCUCUACAACGCCACAGUGUACACUCAGACUCCCAACCUUGAAGGUCCUGGAGUGAGCAUCAGAGAAAGAACAUUGGUCAAGCCAACUGAAAUGCCCACUGAGCCUCCACCACCUCCUGCUCCAGCAACAGUUCCCCCUGCUCUGGAUGCUUGCAAAGGUGCCAAGGCCGACCUGGUCUUCCUCAUUGAUGGCUCCUGGAGUAUCGGAGACGAGAGCUUCAACAAGGUCAUCCAGUUUGUCACCAGCAUGACCGGAGCUUUUGACGUGAUCAGCCCCACUGGAAUGCAGGUUUCGUUCGUGCAGUUUAGCGAUGAUGCUAAAACUGAGUUCAAACUGAACACUUACCAUGACAAGGGUGUCGUGCUCUCAGCCCUGCAGAAUGUCCGCUACAGAGGCGGGAACACAAAGAUGGGUAUCGCUCUGAAACACGUGUACGAGAAGGUCUUCACCUCUGACAGUGGGAUGAGAAGGAAUGUACCCAAAGUGCUGGUGGUGGUGACAGAUGGGCGCUCGCAGGACGAUGUCAAGAAGAGCGCUGAGAAGCUCCAACACGCUGGCUACAGUGUGUUUGUGGUCGGCGUGGCGGAUGUGGACAUGACAGAACUGAGAGUAAUCGGCAGCAAGCCCAGCGAGAGACAUGUGUUGUUGGUAGACGACUACGACGCCUUCGCCAAGAUCCAGGACAACCUGAUCACUUUCAUCUGUGAAACAGCCACUUCCACUUGCCCCCUGAUUUACAUGAAUGGAUACACCACUCCUGGUUUCAGGAUGCUGGAGUCCUUCAACAUCACCGAUCGUACAUUUGCUGGCAUGAACGGCGUGUCCAUGGAGCCCGGCUCCUUUAACAGCUACAUUGCUUACAGGCUGCACAAGGAUGCCUUCCUCAAUCAGCCCACCAAGGAGGUCCAUCCAGAGGGUCUUCCCCCCUCGUACACCAUCAUCCUUCUCUUCCGCCUGCUGCCUGACACACCAUCUGAGGCGUUUGAUAUUUGGCAAAUAUCCAGCAAGAACAACAACCCUGAAGUCGGGGUGACAGUUAAUCCUUCCAGCAAGACAAUCUCAUUCUACAACAAGGACACCAGAGGAGAGAUCCAAAAAGCAACGUUCAACGAGGAGCAAGUCAAGCGUGUUUUCCAUGGAAGCUUCCACAAACUGCACAUUACUGUCUCACCGGAGAAGAUCAAGCUUAACGUGGACUGCCAGGAGGUGGCAGAGAAGCCCAUCAAGCAGGCCAGCAACAUCUCGCUGGACGGAUACGAGGUGCUUGGAAAGAUGGUCAAGUCUGGCGGCGGAAGGCGGCAGUCAGCAACAUUCCAACUCCAGAUGUUCGAUAUUGUUUGCAGCUUGAGCUGGAUCAGCCGCGACAAAUGCUGUGACCUCCCCUCGACAAGAGACGAGGCGAAGUGCCCAGCCCUCCCCCACUCCUGCACAUGCACACAGGACAGCAUCGGCCCUCAGGGGCCUCCUGGACCUUCGGGAAGCCCAGGUUCUAAGGGACCACGUGGUGAUCGAGGGGAUACAGGUGCAGCUGGUUCAAUGGGUCCACGUGGCGAGCCAGGUCUUGCAGGACCUAUGGGACCACCGGGCCCACAGGGACCCAAUGGACUUUCCCUACCUGGAGAACCAGGUCGCCCCGGACCAAAGGGAGACCGAGGAGACCCGGGCCUGCCUGGUCUGCCAGGCUCUCCAGGACAACGUGGUCCUCUUGGCCCAGUUGGACCCAGUGGAGUGAGGGGGCCACCAGGAAAGGAGGGACCAUCUGGACCUCGAGGCCCACCAGGGCCCAUGGGAAGUCCUGGAAAUCCAGGUGUGCCCGGAAUCACUGGCAAACCAGGAAAACAAGGAGAACCAGGGAUCCCUGGACCAGUUGGCCUCAAAGGAGAGAAAGGAGAGAGGGGAGACAUGGCGUCCCAGAACAUGAUGCGCACCAUCGCAAGACAAGUCUGCGAACAACUUGUCAACAGUCAGAUGAGCCGUUUCGACCACAUGAUCAACCAGAUUCCCUCCGGAUAUAGAAGCAAUUCCCCUGGACCACCAGGACCAGCUGGACCUCCCGGAGAACCUGGUGCACGGGGAGAGCCAGGACAAACCGGCAGGAAUGGAUUCCCUGGAAGCCCAGGACUUCCUGGGAAUCAAGGAGAAAGAGGAAUGCCAGGAGAGAAGGGAGAGCGAGGAUCUCCAGGCAACGGGAUCAGAGGACAGAGAGGUGCAACCGGGCCACCAGGGCCUCCAGGAGAGUCCAGGACAGGACCCCCAGGUCCCUCUGGCUCCGCCGGGUCCCGCGGCCCUCCCGGUCGUCAGGGUACUCCCGGGGUUCGGGGACCACCGGGCCCUCCUGGAUAUUGCGACUCCUCUCAGUGUGUUGGCAUUCCCUACAACGGUCAAGGAUACACAGGUUAAUAAACCCUCUAAGUCGUCCUGACUCUCAGAUGUUUGCCCUUUUGCUGUGAGGCACAAACAUCCUGGACAUAACUAAUGAACGUUAAAACAAGACAAAAGAAAUUGGAGUGGACUAACAUCAUCUCACAGCUACAAACUUCAGUGAUGGCAACCUGCUGGUCUGUUUGCAUCUACAAACCGUAGAGGGGGAAAAAUAAGAGACUUUUCUACCGAGGAAGGAGCAUGUUCCGACAAAACCCAGCGAUACAAAACUCCUACUAACCAAAGCUGAAAGUCAAGGUGUAUAUAAACUAAUGUGUGCCUUGUAAAUGAUGUAUGAAGCGGGACAUUUUUACUAAAAAUAACUUGAGCUUGUGCCUCGUAACCCUCUGCUUACUUACCACCAACAUAACCUCUGUUUACAAACCAGACUGAAGCAUGUUGUUAAUCAUGUUUUUUUGUCGAUCAAAAUGGUGCUAAAUGUUGAUUUUCCUGUCUUUUCUAGUAGCAUCUGGUUAUUAUAUUUCAUAUCUAAUGUGUCCAUUUGAAAGUUUCCAGUAUCUAGUUCUAUAUUAUUCGAAGCAGGAAGGUUUUUUUUGUGCUGACACAGGGCAUUUUUAGGAAGUCCAUAGUGCAAUAUAAUUUAAAUUGUGCAUGUGAAAGUGGUUUUUGAUUGGCCAUCCCGGAUAUUUUCUAGCCGGCCGCUUCCAGCCUGAACCUGAUGUAGUGUCUAUACCUGUGGAGCCAGCAGCAGAGUUUGAGGCCAUUCAGUCCCGAAACCAGCGGAGACAGAGGUCGCUACCCAGAGACAAAACGCAAAGCUCAUAGCCACAAUGUUCGCAGAGCCUC